UUUACUUCCUGAGAGCAACAAGUACUGUUGCAUCAUCUAUUUGUGCAUUAAUCAAAUUAAAAGUGUCAGGGAACAAAUAAAUGUGUUCUCACACUUUUCCUUUGAUUGCGGCACAAGUAGAUGAUCAGGUCAGGAUGCCACCGAACAUUAACAAAUGUGAUGGCUUUGAAAGUGAAUUAGCUGGACUCUACACAGAAGGUGGUCAUGUAGAUCUUGAUAAAGUUGCCAAUGUUGUACAAAGGUACAGCGGUACAAUAAUUCCCCUAAAAAAGCCAAAGAGUUACAGUGUUCGAGUGUGUGGUCAGGAUGACACGGUCUAUGGUGGAAAUGAGGAACAGCUAGAAGCCUGGAAAGAUUUCUACCUACCAGAAAGAAUGGAAAUGGUGGUUAUUGGUGCGAUUGAUGAUUUCCCAUGUGAUGCAUUUGGCCUGCAGUUAGUUCUCUUGUUGUGUGAAGACGGAAACAUCUAUGCUUAUGAAGAUGAAGUUCUCCACCUCGUAGCAAGAAAUGUAAACGAACUGUUUGAAACUGGCCUUACCUUUCCUGGACUAGAAUGCUACAGACUGGGGGAAUGUUUCGAGGACUAUACAGAAGAAGAAUACAAUGAAAUCAUGGAAUCUGAUGAAAUGAAGAAAAUGAAACAGGAGCACCACAAUUUCCGCGAAACGUUAGAGCUUGAACUACUGGAACUCCUAGAAGACUCUCAAACCACUGAAUUUAAGGAUGAGGAGAAAAGCACAGUCCAGCCUAAGAUGAAUUCAGACACAAAAGAGUGUAAUAAGGUUGUUCUCUACAACAUGCAAAUUAGUCACUUUUGCACAAAUGUACACAAUUACUUUCCCAGGAGACUUAGAGCAAGAGGGUACACCCUGUACCCCUGUUCCUUGUUCCAUACAGACAGUGCAGGUAUUUGGAAAACUCCAUUUAGCCUAAUCUACAUAUCUUUUGCCUGUGGGAGGAAACCGGAGUACCCGGAGGAAACCCACCAAAUUUGUGGAGAAUAUGCAAACUCCAUGUACACAGACACCGAGGCGGGAAUCAAACCCAGACCAUGGAGGUGCAAGCCAAAAGCGCCACCGUGCCGCCUUACACAAGAGGCCCAUUCAGGGCAUCUUGUUCAUUAAUUGCGGUCAAAAAUAAUGAAUACAAAAGAAAAUAUUGAAACAGUUUGUACUGUUUUAAUUGAGACCUUUAUGACUUCUGAGAAGUAAUGUUAGGAAAAUUAAUAUCACAGUCCACAUAAUUUUUUAAGUACUUAAUGGUGAUUUGAUUCAAAACUAAAGGGCGUUCUCUGAAAGUAUACUGUAUGUACAGUGCAUUGCAUAAAUAAUCACUCCCACUCUUGAACUUUUCCCUCAUUUUUUCCCACAUUUUCAUGUUUAUUUUAAAACCACACUACAGUGUUUUAAAGAAUCGCUACAGUGUCAUGUAAUAAACAUCCCUGUUCUUGGAGGGAUCCAGAGUUUAAUAAAGGUAAAAAAAAAAAAAAAAAAGAAGAAAUAAUUAAAACAAAGAUUUAUUAAAACAAGUCUAGGACAUAGUCCUGCAAGUGUAUCAAUCAGGGUUUGCUGGUUUAACAAAUAUCCCUUAUCAAUAACUAAAACUAAUGUAUUUCAUGUUCCCUAAGAAACUCUGGAGUACACCUGCCCAUUUAUACAAUUGUCUAAUCAGCCAAUUAUAAGGUUGCAGUAUGAAUCAAUGAAUGAAUGAUCCUGCAGAUAAAGUUUAAGCGCUUCAGGUAAAGUUCAGACAAAACAUCAGAAUGAGGAUAAAGUGUGAUCUCCGUGACUUUGAUUAUGGCUUGGUUGUUGGCACCACGUGGGCUGGUUGAUUAUUUCAGAAACUGCUGAUCUUCUGAGAACUUCUCAAGUACACAAACCAGAUCCAUGGAACAGCAACUACCCUGCCACAGCUAAAGUAAAUCCUUCAAUAUUUUAGGGGGGAAUGUAAUCAGGAUUUAGAGAACAUAUAGAGACAUUUAGUCUAGAAUAAUCUCCAAUAAAUACACAAUCUAAUAUAUAUUGAUUGAACCUGCACAUGUACACACUUACAUUAGAGCACACUCAUAAAAUUAGUAGGUCAUAUUUCCUUAGUAUUUGGUAGAAUUGCCCCAAAACUGUUUCACUUGGGCCAGAUUUUUCAGGUAUCCAUCAACAAGCUUUCUACAAUAGUUUGUUGAAUUUUGGCCCAUUCUUCUUGACAGAACUUGUGUAACUGGGUCAGGUUUGUAGGUCUUCUUGCUCGCACUCGUCUUUUCAGUGCCGCCCACAAAUUGUCUACAGGAUUGUGAUUAGCGCUUUGUGAUGGCCACUGCAAUACCUUGACUAUGUUGUCCUUAAUUAUUUUACAUAAUUUUUUAAUAAUUAAUUACAUAAUCUUAUCUUACAUAAUUUUUUUUUUCAUGCCAUCUAUUUUGUGAAGUGCCUUUAUAAUCAUCCACAGGUGUGCUACCAGUGAACUCAAAUGGAAUCAAAUAACCUAUCAGUAGUUUCUUAAGCUCAUAAUGAAAUCACCUCGUGUUUUCUUUUUGUUUAAAGACACAAUAAACUGUGUGUGUAUUUAAAAAAUUAAAUUAAUAAAUAAACAGAAAGUCUCCCCGCUCAAUUCUGACAUUUAACAAAUGCAAAAAAAAAAUAUAUAUUUAUUGAUCUAAAACAGAAAACAUUUAGUCUGAUUUAAUGUUUUACAGUUUAGAAAAAAAUGUCUUUUUCUGAAGUGUAUGUAAAUAUCUGGUUUCAACUGUACUAGUAUAUGAUGCUAUCUCACUGUAUUGCAGUAUAGUAGACUGUUAUGUCUAUAGCUGUACUAAGUUUCCUGUUGCAUUAAUUUAUUUGCUUACUCAAUCACACAUCCUUCUUAAUUACUUAUUUGUUUAGCUCCUUUGCUGUAGAACCCUUCAUAUUUAAUCUACUGAGACCUGGACCCUACUAUUGUGUACAUUUCAAUUUCCCCUUUAGCACUUUACAACUAUGGACUCAGAUACAGUAGAGAAGUUGUAUUUGGGAGAAAAUGCCACAAGAGGUUAAAAAUCUUAAAACCCAAGCAACACAAAUACAUGCUGGCAGCACAGCAUGGGCCAAUGACAAUAAAAAAAAACGUGUUUAUACAAAAACCUUGCUGGCGUGUGUUAACAGGAAGGCUUCAGACUUCAAACUGUGUAUUUGUGUUUCCGGAUAUGUCAGAUAGAACGGAAGCUAUCAUUACUUUCAUAAAGGGUCAAUUUUACCACUACCAGAAUAUGAGAUGUAUUAACUUUUAAAAUAUAUUAUUUUCUGGUCAUAAAGACAACCUAAAACAACAAUAAGAACAUGUGAUCAUGUGUAUCGAUGCUAUUUCUUUGCUAUUUGAGCCAUUUUUAAAAUUUCUGCUCAGUCAUGUUUAGGUAGUUGGUUAAAGUGAAAUUCAUUUAAUCAUAUUGCUUAUUUUUUGCUGGAAAAAAAAGGAUAUGUCACUCAUUACUCUGUGUACUGAGCUUUAUAUAUGUUAUGUAUAAAACCAUAUAUGUAAAAAACAUUAAAACUAAUGGCUAAAAUGCUUUGAGCUUCAAA